AUGCGUGUUUGAUCAACGCCACCUGGUGGUGUUUCUCUGAAGCUUCUUUCAUGUGGCGUCUGGAUAAUGGUGGAGGAAAAGUCGAAAGAAGCCGCCAAACCAGGCACUGUCCGCGAUGGUAAACCUAAGAAAAAAAAAGGAGUGGAGGUAAAGGUAAAGAAGACCCCCAAACCAAAAACUAUCAAACCAGGCACUGUUCGCUAUGGUAAACGUAAGAAGGUUGGUGAGAAGCAAAAAAUCUUCAUUGAGAAACCUAUUGGUGGUGAGAAGAAUGGAGGGACUCGCAUGGUUCGUGUUAAGAAGCUUCCUGCGUACUAUGCCACUCAGUUGAACCCAAAGAGGAGGACCAAGCAUACCAAGAACAGAUUUCGACCAUUGCGUUCUAGUAUUACUCCGGGAACGGUGUGUAUCCUCGUUGCUGGUCCCCAUAGAGGAAAGAGAGUAGUUUUCCUGAAGCAGCUGGCUCGUGGCCUCUGCUUAAUUACAGGUCCUUUCAAGAUCAAUGCUUGCCCCCUGCGACGUGUCAAUCAGAUUUAUCUUAUUGCCACUGCCACCAAGAUUGACAUUAGUGGCUGUGACAUCCCCAAGCACAUAAACGAUGAGUACUUCCGCCGGGUCAAGGUGAAGAGAGCAAAGAAGGAAGAAGGUGACAUCUUUGAGCAGAAGAAAGAGAAAUAUGUCCCAUCUGAACAGCGCAAAAAGGAUCAGGCUGUGGUUGAUAAGCUGAUUGUGUCUGCAAUUAAGAAGAGGGAAGAUAAGAAAAUGCUCUUUGGAUAUCUGGGCUCUGUUUUCACGCUCAGGAAUAAAAUGUAUCCUCAUAGAUUGUCAUUCUAAAUAAAUGGCACUUAAGAAA